AUGGCGAUUUCUUCUGCUGAAAUACUCCCUCAUGAACUCCUAAUGGAAAUUAUGUCAUGGCUUCCUCACUGGGUCUGCUUUUGGAACCCUGCCACCAAUAUUUGCUCCGGGCCUUCACCAAGCUUGCUUCUAUAUUACGGCAAUGCUCGUGUUCAGCAUUAUAUGUAUUUUGGGUUUGGGUACGAUGAUCGGAGGGACAGGUACAAGGUAGUGGCAAUGGUUUUGGAUUGGACUACACUGCAAAAGAGUAUGUGGGUUUACUGCAUGGGUGACGUAUGUUGGAGAUGUCCUUUAAUGACCUCUCCGGGUUUUUACCCUUUUGACAGUAAUGGAUACUCUAUGAAUGGUACUGUUAACUGGAUAGGAAUUUCUUUGGAAAAAUCGAAAUUUGAGGUGCUACAGAUUUUUUCGUACGAUCUAAAGAACGAUACUUGCAGAUAUUUGUCGGUGCCUCAAACUAAAGAUUCUGAGUUUACUGCUAUGGGAGUUUUUAAUGGUUGUCUUUGUGUUUCUUGCGAUCAAGGGAUGAUCGCCUUUGUUGUUUUGGCAUUGAAGGAUGUUCGAGACGAAAGAUCUUGGAGUCAGUUGUUGAGUGUAAGUUAUGAAACUCUGAAAAUCUCUCCUUGUUACCAUAACCUACGGAUUUUGUUCAUGUGGGGUGAUCUUCUCUUGCUCACAUGUUCAGAGUUUGGGGGUGCUUACAAUAUCAUCAGUAUCUUUAAUUUGAAGGAGAAUAAAGUAAAACGUACUCAAGGUUACUUCAAGUCGUUUGUCGGUGACAUCUUCUGUUGUCACUAUGCUCCAAGCUUGAUUUUGCCUAUUUGA